CCAUGCAACAGCAGCACACAAUUUUGCAAAUACCUGACGACAGCAAAAGGCGAAACUACAUCGACUGAAAAUUUCCUUAACGAGCUGAUGUCAAAUGGAUGCAAAAGUUGGGAAUACUACAUCAAAGGAAUAAAUCCAGACUAUGCGCCAAGGAAAGAAAUGUAUCAUUUUUUGACGGAAAAAAAAAUUAAUGUGUGCAGAAUGACUGUGUACGAAAUUGAGUGUUUUACCAAGUGGAUACAAAUGAGAAGACUGUAUGGCAAUCAGUUCCCCCGAUUUCCAUACGAAGUAACAUUCGAGGACAAAAUUAACCAACUGAGGGAGAAGUAUCCCUUACAGGGAUGA